AGCCGCGCGCGGAGAGGUUUCGCUGCUGGCGUGCCCGUGUGUGAAUGAGAAUGAGAAGGAGCCAGUUUCCUUCCGGGUUAGAGGUCUCGCGCCUAGUCUCCUGUCGCUAUGGCGAGCAGCGCAGCCAAUUUGAACGCGGUGAGAGAAACGAUGGACGUUCUGCUUGAAAUUUCAAGAAUAUUAAACACUGGUUUGGAUAUGGAAACCCUGUCUAUAUGUGUACGGUUGUGUGAGCAAGGUAUAAACCCAGAGGCCUUAUCUUCAGUAAUUAAAGAACUACGCAAGGCUACAGAAGCACUAAAGGCUGCUGAAAAUAUGACAAGUUGACUUCAUGGGAGAGGAUCUUUUUGAUGAGAGAAAUGUCAAGCUAACAGAGGUUCUCUGCAGACUUGAGAGGAUAAUGCUAUAUUGACUUACAUUUGGAAGACUGUUUUUGCAAUCUGAAAACAGAAAACAAUAUUAGGUUCUGUAUAAUCUCAGGACACGAGUCACAGAAAUGCAUCAAGGAGGCCAAAUGUUUGACAACCCUGUUAUAGACAAAAUCAAUGCAUAUUUAACAUAUGAAUGGUGAUCUGCAUAGUUUUACAUUAAUUUUGUUUCCUGUUAAUAUGAUGUUUUUGGCUUUUUACUUGUAUAAAAUAAGACGUUUCUGUAUUAAAUCUGGGAAACUUAACUAUAGUAGUGCAUGCUAAUUAUAAUGGUGCAUAUCAGUGAAAAUUGUAAAUGUGAACUUGUUUAAAUUUUCUAAAGUAUUUUGAGUUGUCAAAGUAAAAUCAUACUUUCAGAAUUGUUUUUUCAUAUUUUUACAGUGUAAUGUUAUGUUUUGUAGCGUUUUUGGUGAUGAAUGGCAAAAAGAAAGUAAAAAAAAAAUGCAUAGCUAAUCAUUGGGGAGCCACAGAAAAAUUACAGUUAAAUCGUUUGUGUAACUGAGUGAUGUCACAUCAGUUUGCAACAGGAUAGCAAAAACAACAGAAGUAUGAAGGUCAUGCAGAUAAUGUUCUUGCCCAUCUCCAUCUCUUUGCAUUUUUCUAUCUAGUUACCUAAGCGCAUAUUCCAGGGAGAGGCUGUCAUUCCUGAGGGCACUUUGAUUUUUGUUCUGUCUGCAAAAAGAGUGGGAUAGUGGUACUACCUCACUUCCUCUUGCAAAAGCUCUAGGGAAGUGGCAUCCAUUGCCAAGAUCAGUGCGUGGUUUCAUUCCCUUUGAACACUUGCAUCAAAGGCUACCUUUAGAGCUGUAGGGCUAUGCGAUGGCAAUUAUAAUUGAACAGAACAGAUUUGCUAGGGAGAUAGACCAUCUGUGGGUGUCAACAGAACUUUAGUUUUUUGUGAGUUUGGCAUUAUAGUCCCUAAGAGACCAUGCGCAGAUUUCAAUAUUUUGUUUGAAGAUAUUAUUAUGCAAUUAAUUUAUAACAUUGCUUAUACACGAAGAAAUGAUACAAAACCGAAAGUGUUGUUAGGAGUAAGGAUCUUGCAAUCUCUGAAAUAAGUGCAUAAUUUCACUUCUGUAAAUUACCCAUCUGAACAAUCUACUGACCUUAAUGGGGCUAAGUUAUAAAUGUGUGUAAAUAUUUGCAGGAACAUAUUCUGACAUAACACUAAAUAAUAUUCUGCUAAUUAAAGAUCUUGCUGAAUUUA